UCCACAUUGCGUUGAGAAGCAGGCGGCUCUUGUAACAACCAAAAUGGUGAAGAUCUUCGUUGGAAACCUGCCUCAGCAGGCCGAAGUAGAAGAAAUAAAGUCUCUGUUCACGCAAUAUGGAAGUGUCAGUGAGUGCGCCAUUAUCAAAAAUUUUGCGUUCGUUCACAUGAAUGAUCGCAAAAGUGCAACAAAAGCCAUCCGAAACCUGCAUUUAUACAAGCUGCAUGGAACGCCCAUCAACGUUGAGGCGAGUCGGGGCAAGAACCAGGGCCCGGUGAAGCUUCACGUGGCCAAUGUGGAGAAAGGCUUUGAUGAAGAGCUUCGAGCAAUGUUCGAAGAGUAUGGUUCAGUUAGUGAAUGUGCAAUCAUCAAGAACUUUGCCUUUGUUCACAUGAGCAACUCUGAUGAGGCCAAGGAUGCAAUCAAGGGCUUGGACAACACUGAAUUCCAAGGCAAAAGAAUUCAUGUGCAGAUUUCAAAGAGUCGACCAAGAGGGGAGGAAGAUGAUGACUAUGGCCCCCCAGACAGAGGAUAUUGGCCACCCCGUUUCCCUGGUGGUCGUCCUGAGCCCCAUGGUCCUCCUAGAGGUCGCUUUGGCUACCCCCCUGGCCCCCCACCACCUCCACCACCGCCCCCCAGACGCCCCCCAUACCCAGAGCGUGCUGUAUCUGCAUACGAUCGAGAUGGCUAUGGUGUGGUCGACUAUUAUGAGAAGUAUCGUGCUCGCCCUUAUGGCGCUUCCGCAUAUGAAGACCGACGUCCGAGCGGUGUCCCCCCUCCCCCUCCGCCCCCCUCAUCCGCUGUUAUGAGAGAGCGAAUGGCUGGCAAUGGCCUUGACCCCUAUGAGCGACGUCCCCUUCCGCCAUCCUCAUUCUUUGCCCGUGACCGCAGUCCUAUCAGACGUGCUCCUCCUGCCCCUCCAGCACCCGCGGGGAAUGGUUACCCAUACGAGCGUUCACGUCUCUCCCCUCUCUCCAUGUCUCGGAACCCGAUGUACAGCAUGCCUCGGCCCAGAGACCCCUAUGCCGAGAGGGCGCCGCCUCCACCUCCUGCGCGUUACGCGUAUUAGCGAACCCCUGCGCUUUUGUAACCCAAGGUGUAAAUUAUUCCAGAUCGUCGUCGUCGUCUCCAGAUGCACGUGAUGCGAUUCGUCGUUGUCUGCCAGAGCGCGUUUCGUUCGUCUGCGCACCAUAGUGGAAGAAUUCUGUCGCGGACUGCACAUUCUAUAAAACAAACGCUUUUACACGCAUAAAGUUCAAUCUCAUGCUAAAGUGUUAACUCUGCAUUUCUUUUUGUUCUGCUUGUGUUUUAGUUUUUGAUAGGUAAAGCUCUAAGAGUACAAAAAAUAAGUUUACUUGGUGGUUGGUCAAAGCUGUUAAAGAAACGUAUACACAAAUUCCUCUUUCAACUAAAAUUUCUAUGUAUUACUCUGUAUCUUGCCUUUUUUUUUUUUUUUUUUUAUCUGGUUUUAGCGUACGUUUGUUUAACCGUAACAAGCAACUUGCUUUAGAACAGCCCACAAUACACUUGUGUAAACUAAAUUGUUUUUAUUAGGACUUUUGUUAAAGCCUGAAAUGAGCAGAUACACGUGCGUCAAGUAUAAUCCUAUCCACUGCAGAUAAUAAAAACCUUCGUCUACUUGGGCUUCUUUAAAUGUUUUAGUUUGAAUUUUGAAAAUGCAGAGCAUAGUGAUUCAAGGACUGUGUACCGUUUUCUUUCAUAAAAACACUUGAUUAAAAAAACUUUUAAUAAAAGACUAACUUGGGUGCGUCGUUUUACUUUCCUUGCUAACUUCUUAACAUGAUUGUAAUAAGCUUCUAAAUAUUUUAGUAAUUUAUCGUUAUGGUGGACUGGAACUGCUUGUACGACGGAAUUCAAAUUGGCGCAAUUAUUAGAUGCAUUUAAGUCACUGGCAUGUGCAAAUUCCUAAUCUGUGUUUACAUUGUCAGUUUGAAGUGCUAUUUUGGCAUCACUAAUUGAAUUGACUUUCCAAUAAUUUCUCAAUCACUUUUUUUUUUUUUUUUUUCCUCCACUUUUUGCACCAAAUGUUUGAAGCUUUGAUUAAGCCAGGUAAGUCCAUUGAUGUAUUACAUUUAUGUACCACCCAGCAUGCCCUUUUAUUUAUUGUUCAUAAUAUAUGGUGGUUUUGAGAGAUGGCUAUACACCUAAUGCUAUGCAGACUUGUAGUCAAAGAGAACAGACAUUUUUCUGGUUAUACAUCCUAUAUGAACCAAUAAAUGUUUUACACUUCAUGAUGACCUCUGGUAAAACUUGAGGGUAAGUUCUAUUUUAAAUUCAUGCACAAUUAUAUGCACCCCCCAUGUAUGAUGUUUGCAAUAAAAUUCUAUAUUUG